CCAUUUCAUCUCCCUCCCUCUCUCUCUCUCUCUCUCUCUGAGUUAGAUUAAAAAGUUGAAACCUUUCAAGCUCUUCUCCACAUUAUUCAAACACCCCUUUCUUCUCUCACCUUUCCCGCCACUCACACCUACAAACAAGGCUCUCUUCCUACUUUUACUCCACUUUCAUUCGCUUUUUACACAUCCAUCCCACCCCACCCAGAGAGAAAAUGCCCAAAGAGAAGCUAGUCGUGGAGGUGGUGGCUGCCCACAACCUCAUGCCAAAAGAUGGCCAAGGUUCAUCCUCACCAUUCGUCGAGGUUGACUUCGAGAACCAGCGCCUCCGCACCCAAUCCAAAUACAAGGACCUCAACCCGGUUUGGAACGAGAAGCUGAUCUUCGACGUCAGCGACACGGGCGACCUCCCUUACCGUACGGUCGACGUCAGCAUCUACAACGAGAAGAAGUCCAGCAACAGCCGCAAUUUUCUCGGCAAGGUCCGUAUCUCCGGUUCGAGCAUUGCUCGCGAAGGCGAGGAGGUGGCCCAGCUCUUCACGCUAGAUAAACGCAGCCUCUUCUCCCACAUUCGCGGCGAGGUCAGCCUCAAGCUCUAUCUCACGACCAAGGAAGACCGUUCAUCUCAGAACAAAUCGGCCCAGUUGGCUAACAAAGAAAUCAACGGUAAUACCGUGCAGCAACAGCAGCAGCAGCAGAAGAUGAACCAAGCUUCCUCUCAAUCUAUUCAAUUGCAGCAGCAGCAGCAGCAACAGCAGCAGCAGCAGAAACAGCUACAGCAACAGCAGCAGCAGCAGCAGCAGGGGAAGCCGAUAGAGCCUGGGCCGAGCAACAUCAAACCGGUGGUGAUUGCAGCGGACGGGCCGGCUUCUGCCGUGCCCGAUUCCUUGGGAUCUGGUUUUCACACCGGCGUCAGCGGGAAUGAUUUCUUGCUGAAGGAAACAAACCCCCACCUCGGCGGCGGGCCGUCGAACAAGGACAAAACCAGCUCGACUUACGACCUCGUCGAGCAAAUGCAGUACUUGUAUGUUCGUGUAGUGAAGGGCCGCGACCUUCCGAGCGGCGACGCCCAUGCUGAGGUGAAGCUUGGGAAUUACAGGGGAGUGACGAAGCUGGUAUCCGAGAAGAGAGGCAUUUCGUCGAACAGUCCGGAGUGGGACCAGGUAUUCGCCUUCUCGAAGGACUGCAUACAGUCCUCGAUGGUGGAGGUGUUCGUCAAGGACAAGGACAGGGAUGAUUUCAUCGGGCGGAUCGGGUUUGAGCUGAGCGAGGUGCCGAGACGGGUCCCGCCCGACAGCCCGCUGGCACCGCAAUGGUAUCGGAUGGAGGAUAAGAAGGGCGAGAAAGCGAAGGGGGAGGUGAUGCUGUCGGUCUGGUUCGGGACGCAGGCCGACGAGGCCUUCUCGGAGGCGUGGCAUUCCAAGGCCGCGAGCGUGCAGGGCGACGGCCUUGGUUCGAUCAAAUCCAAGGUCUACCUGUCGCCGAAGCUGUGGUACCUCCGUGUAUCCGUCAUCGAAGCGCAGGACCUCGUCCCCGGUGAGAAAGGUGCCGCAAUGGCGCGGUUCCCUGAGCUCUUCGCCAAGGCCCAGGUCGGGAACCAGGUGCUUCGGACCCGGUCGGCAUUGGCCGCUGCGAACCGGAGCUUAUCAAAUCCGGUUUGGAACGAGGACAUGCUAUUCGUCGUGGCGGAGCCGUUUGAAGACUAUCUGAUGGUAUCCGUCGAAGACCGAAUCGGUCCCGGCAGAGAUGAAUUGUUAGGCCGGGUCCUUAUCCCCGUGCAUUCCAUCGAACGACGGACAGACGACAAGCUCACGGUUUCUAAGUGGUUCGGACUCGACAAGAAUUACAACAGCUUCAAUGAUUCGAAACUCAUGAGCAGAUUCGGUAGCCGAAUUCACCUCCGCUUGUGCCUCGACGGCGGCUACCAUGUGCUCGAUGAAUCGACAUUAUACAGCAGCGAUGUCCGGCCUACUGCAAAACAGCUCUGGAAGCCUCACAUUGGUGUGCUUGAGAUGGGCAUCUUGGGCGCAACCGGGCUCUUGCCGAUGAAGAUCAAAGAAGGGAAGGGCGGAUCGACGGACUCCUACUGCGUAGCCAAGUACGGUCAGAAGUGGGUCCGCACACGGACUGUCAUCGACAGCUUAGCUCCCAAGUGGAACGAGCAGUAUACAUGGGAAGUGUUUGAUCCUUGCACCGUAAUCACCAUCGGUGUGUUCGACAAUUGCCACUUAGACAAGAACUCGUCAGCCGGCAUUGGUAGUGGACCUCGUGAUCAGCGAAUUGGGAAGGUCAGGAUCCGUCUAUCUACGCUCGAAUCCGACCGCGUAUACACCCACGCAUACCCGCUUCUGAUGCUCCACACGUCGGGGGUGAAGAAGAUGGGGGAACUCCACCUAGCCGUCAGGUUCUCGUGCGCUAACAUGGCGAACAUGCUCCAUAUGUACACAUGGCCACUGCUGCCGAAGAUGCACUAUAUCCGACCGCUGACGGUCAAUCAGGUUGAGAACUUGCGGUACCAGGCGAUGAAUGUGGUGGCGGCACGACUGAGCCGAACAGAGCCACCCCUUGGACGUGAGGUGGUCGAGUACAUGCUCGAUCAUGAUUCUCAUAUGUGGAGUAUGCGGCGGAGCAAAGCUAACUUCUUCCGCCUUGUUUCGGUGCUAUCGGGCCUUAUCGCCACAGGCCGGUGGCUGGAAUCGGUACGAAGCUGGCAGCGGCCAGUGUAUUCAGUCCUUUUUCUGGUGGUCUUCUUGGUGUUCGUCUCUUACCCGGAACUCAUUCUCCCAACUGUCUUGUUAUUCAUUGCCUUCGUUGGGCUGUGGCGGUACCGGUUGAGGCCGCGCCACCCACCUCACAUGGAUACUCGGCUCUCGCACGCUGAGUCGGUGUACCCAGAUGAGCUGGAUGAGGAAUUCGAUUCGUUUCCCACAACACGGAGCGCGGAGGUUGUGAGAAUGAGGUACGAUCGGCUCAGGAGCGUGGCGGGGAGGAUUCAGACGGUGGUCGGGGACUUGGCAACGCAGGGGGAACGAGCUCAGGCUCUGUUGAGCUGGCGGGAUCCGCGGGCCACAUUCCUGUUCGUGUUGAUUUGUUUGAUCGCGGCCGUUGGAUUUUACGCUGUGCCGUUUCGGGUUGCAGCGGGCCUGUGGGGGCUGUAUGCACUGAGGCCACCCAGGUUUAGGAGCAGGCUGCCUUCUCCAGCUUUAAGCUUCUUUAGGAGGCUGCCUGCAAAGGCAGAUAGCUUGUUGUAGUACACAGGCUCUGAUGCUGGUCUUUGUAAUUUGCCUAGAGUGGUGAAUGGUUGGUGUAGAAAAGGUGCAUGGUUUGUUUAUGUGCUUAGGAAGAAACUUGAAAGAGAAGUCUUUGGCGUUUUGUGUUGACUUCUGUUGAGGAGAAGUUAUUUUAAUGUAGAUGGUUGCAUUGUUGCUGCUGUCUUUUCAUGAUUGA